AUGAUUCCAAUUGAGAAGGAUGCUCCUAUUGAAUUAAAUUCUCAAACUCCAAUCAGUAAAGAAGAAACUAAGGACUGCUGUACCUCUCCUAAAUCUAAGUCACUAAAGAAGAAAGCAGCUAGAAGAACAAGACCAAGAGCAGACCUCUGUCUUAAGAAGACCUUGAGAGACGUCAAGAAGUUCUAUGUGCAACUUUUUAAGGCUCAAAACCCUGAAAUUGUCAAGAGAAGAUAUGUCAAUUGCAAGAUUGAAAUGGUUUUUGAAAACAUGCAGUGGACCUUGAUGGAUCUCAUGCCUUCAGACUUGAUCACCGACGAUUUAGUUUAUUAUUCAAUUGGGAUUCUUAGCAUCAAAAGUCUAGAUGACCUUGACUGUAGUAAGAGUGUAAAAAUAGAAAUCUCUACAUAUUUAGCAACUAUUAGGAAUUUUACGAUCAAGGGUUUCAAUGAAGUGAUGAAAUCGACUCUUUUCAGAUCCCUAUGAGUACCUGUUAUAUUACAAGGAGAUAAGGAAUCAGCAAGGAUACUUCAAGAUAAAUUAUUAUUUAAUAAUCUUUCCUCAUAAAUGCUCUCCAACACAUUUUAUGCUUUUAAUGAUUCUGAGAUUUGUGAUGCUUCGUCUAAAUAACUUUAUCAUAAAUUUAAAAUAUUUUUUCUUGGUUUGGGAUAAUUCAUGCCUUCUUCUUAAUAAUAACCAUACUAUCUCAUUAAAGAAUGCAAGGCUGUCUAAUGAAGAUCAUUAAUUUAGCUAAACAAUGAUCCCCUUUACUGUUUCAAAAUUUUCUUUCAUAAGUGAUCGAGAAAUCUUCUUUGAAAUUAUUUGGAGAAAUAUUAUCAUCUUUUCAUGACAUUAAAUCGAAAAUUCGCUAAAUUACUUGCA